AUGGCCACUCUCCAGACACCCUUCGUGAAGCAAGCAGUUGCGGCGAUCACAGCGGCCAAAGCACUUGAUGUAGCCGGGGGCUGUUUUUCCCCUGACAACAUCCAGACGACUGGGGAAGUGCUCGAUGCCUCGGCCAGCGAGACCCAACAUCAAUAUCGAGAAACCCGAAGAUCCAACGAUUCCAUCAGCAGCGAAUCUAGCGACUCCACCUCCAUCAGAUCCACCACCAGCGAAGGCGCUACUAGUGUGUCUUCCCUCGACUCGUCUGACACUGUCACCAAGGCCAACGUAAAGAACAUAACCUCCUCCGAGAAGACAACGCAAAAUACCUCUACUGCAACGCCAGAUUCCUCGGGAGAGGCAUCUAGCAAGGGGUCAAGUAUCAGCAGUCAUGACCUCAAAGACGAUAUUCACAAUCAGAAGGUCCUGGAGCUCGAAACACUGGAGCUCGAAACACUGGAGCUCAAAACACUGCAGCUCAAAGAACAACAGCUCGAUGGACUGGUAAGAAUAGCGGUCGAAGCCGACCAGGCACGACGCGAAUCCGUCCAAGAGGCCGUGGGGUUUAUCAAAAAGUUCGUCACGGAAAACUGGGAGACUGAGUGCGAGAACGGCCAGGUCAAGAUCACUUGCGAUGUCACAAUGGACAAAAUGAUGGAUAUUGGUCGUCUGGAACAGAAAGAGGGGUGGCGGGAGUGCCUCAAGCUGAUCAAAGCACCCGUCAUUCACGACGCAAUCGGCAUGGGCCUCUGGCAGAAGCUGGCCAAACAAGUACUUGAGAAAGACGCCCUGGAGAAAGCCGCCCGGGAGAAAGAGGCCGCAGAGAAAGAGAUGGCCUUGAUAGAGAAGUCACCGGGUGAUCUCUCCAAGGUGACUGAUGCCCACAAGAGGAAGAGAGAAAGCUCCGUCCAACUGGAGGACGAUGUCCGGAGGCCAGUAAUGCCAAGGUUGGCUUUCGCCGCCAACCAGAUCGAGUCGGCUUCAGGAGACAUUUCGAUUCAGAUGCCCGACGUGCGCUUGUACGCCGCCGGCCAGUCCUGUGGUUGGCGCGAGGGGCCCAAAAAGGGACAGCAUCUCGAGGCGCUUAUCUUUGCGAUUGACGAGUUCUUUUGCCGAUAUGGCGGGUGGUUAUGGAGGCAGAUAUACGGCGUAAUGCCUGAAGAUACCGAGCAACUUUGA